GUUAUGUGCCCAGCAAUUAAAAAAUACUACAAUAUGUUUAUAUAAAUUAUUACCGCUCACGGCAACGCUGUUAUUUAUAAAAUAUAAAUUUCUACGCUUGUGCCCUAAAACAAGCUGCAACAUAAUAAUAUAUAACAGAUUGUAGCCUGGAAGAUUCUAAAAAUAAAGUUGUAUUUGUAGGGCUUAAGAAUUAUUAGAACAUUUCGAAAAUGUCGGAUGUUUGCGAACCUUUGACUUUGACUUUGGCUAGAGAUGUGAAAAGAUCCAUAGAGUUGCUGGAAAAACUUCAAGCUAGCGGCGAUUUUCCAACAACCCGUUUAGCCGCUUUACAAAAAGUACUCCAAAGCGAUUUUCUUAAUGCGGUACGAGAAGUAUACGAGCACGUCUAUGAAACGGUAGACAUUCAGGGGUCGCAAGAUGUAAGAGCUUCAGCUACAGCCAAAGCUACAGUUGCUGCUUUCGCUGCCAGUGAGGGACAUGCUCAUCCAAGAGUUGUUGAGUUACCAAAAACUGAGGAAGGUCUCGGUUUUAAUGUAAUGGGUGGCAAAGAACAGAAUUCGCCUAUUUAUAUUUCACGUAUUAUACCUGGUGGUGUAGCUGAUCGCCAUGGAGGGCUGAAGCGUGGUGAUCAACUUCUUUCCGUUAACGGAGUGUCCGUUGAAGGAGAAAAUCAUGAAAAGGCAGUAGAAUUGCUUAAACAAGCCGUAGGAUCAGUUAAAUUAGUUGUACGUUAUACUCCAAAGGUCCUGGAAGAAAUGGAGAUGCGUUUUGACAAACAACGCACAACACGCCGUCGCCAGUAGAGAUGCGCUCUAGCAACAAAAUCGUUCUAUCACUCCUCCGUAUUGUGCUCUAUUUCUUAAUUGUUAUUGAAAAAACAUCAUACGAAUAUAAGCUAAAAGUUCUGCAUGAAACUCCCCUAUGUUAUAGAUUGAAUACAUUAUCUUAAAUGAGGCUG